CUCCGCAGUUUCAGCUGCGCAGACAGCCUGUCCACACCGGGGGAUUGUAUCCAGACGUACUCUCACUCGCGUCUCGUCCUUUAACUUGUCACCAUGAGUAAUGUGGCUUCAGAGAACGUGUUUUUGACCGCUUUACAGCCCAACACCUUGGUCACCACCUACGGGCUCCCGUCUGACAUCCAGCUCGGGAAUGGGAGCUCCGUGUCGGACGAGGUGGCCAGAGCCCGGCGCGUCCAGCAGCAGGUCCAGAUGAGACUGGCGGAGAAGUCCACACUUCCGCGUCAGAAUGGCUCGACCUCACAGUACGCCAUGUCAGACUAUGGCGGUUCUUCAACAAUGAAAUAUCAGUCCACUCUCCCAAAUUACAGCUCUAAAUCAUCCUUCAUGUACUCAGGCAGCAGAACAAUGCCUCACGUUCCACGUGUAUCCCAGAGGGGGGGCUUCAGCUGCCAGUCUGCUGGCCCAGACAUGGCCCAGUUCCACAAGAUCANNGGUGGUGGUGGUGGUGGUGGUUAUUAUCGAGAUGACAUACGCAUGGGCGGCUACCAAGGGGGCACCAUGAGGCAGCAGAGCCGAAUGGAUGCAGAUAACCUCUCCAUGCAUGCAAUGCGGCAGCACACAGUGCCGGUGAAUCCCUGGCAGCUCGAUACCAGCGAUGCCGGCAGCCUGGUGUCCGACCGGGACGCCACCUUCGGCCGCCAGUACACUCAGAGUGCAGUCAACGGCUACACCAGCCAGGUGAGGCAAGGAGGAGGCACUAUGAUCGUUUCGGCACCCAUGCACCGUUCUCUUAGUGGUACUCUUACCCGCGGUGGAGGAAUGACAGGAGGAGAGGCAGAGAUGGUCCAGCAACAUUCCUUCAAAGGUCCAGCCCACCGGACCAUCAGCAGGAUUACAAACCGAAACCGGAUGAGCAUGGGCUCCAUGUCGGGGACCAUGCAGCAAUUGUCUUCAGGUGGGAGCACAUAUGGUGGAAGGGACAUAGUGGACAGAGGAUUCAUCCCACCCGGAGUGUCCUAUGGUUCCCAAGGGAAUCUAUUAAUGCAGCGUCCAGGCACCCUGUCCCGUGCCAUGUCAGUUAAAAGCAUGCAAAGUGUGGGCAGGGGCGUGGACAUCUUUGGUGGGCAGAUGGAGAUGGGAGCCAGCAUGGGCAACCUCAGCGGGAUCGCCUCCUUGGACAUGCCCACAGCCGUGCAGUACCUGAGAGACUCCGACCCUGAGAUGCAGGUCCUGGGUGCUGCCUACAUUCAACAUGAGUGUUACAAUGACAACGAUGCCAAAAACGAGGUGCGUAGCUUUAGGGGCAUUGCUGAACUGGUGAGGCUGUUCAACAGCGAAAACCAGGAAGUGCAGCGUUACGCUACAGGUGCCACACGCAACCUCAUCUAUGAGAAUAUGGAAAACAAGGUGGCUCUGAUCGAGGAGGGCGGCAUCCCACAGCUGGUCGAGGCACUUAAAGAGAACGACGAUGAGCUCCGCAAAAACAUCACAGGUAUCUUGUGGAACCUUUCAUCCAAAGACAACCUGAAGCAGAAACUGGCCAAGGAGACACUUCAUGAUCUGACUGAGAGGAUCCUCAUCCCUCUGUCAAUCAGCGAAGACUCUGACAACCUCCAGCAAUCCGCCUCUGAGGCGGAAAUCUUCUACAACACCACAGGAUGUCUCAGGAAUCUGAGCUCUGUGAAUGAAAAGACCCGCCAGCAGAUGAGAGAAACACAUGGACUGGUGGACUCUUUGGUGAAAUAUAUCAAGGUCUCCUUUGAGGAUAGCAAGGCAGAUGACAAGGGGGUGGAAAAUGCAAUGUGUGUCUUGAGGAACCUCUCCUACCAGCUUUACACUGAGAUGCCUCCAUCAGCCAUGCUGCGCCUGGAAGGACCAACCAGAGCUCAGGGCUCAGGAAAGGGUGACGCCAUUGGUUGCUUUACACCUCAGAGCAGGAAAGCCAAAAAUAGCAAGAACCGGGAUCUCUCCACUUUCACCGAGGUUGCUCGGGUGCCGAAGGGUGUUGAGUGGCUGUGGCACCCACAGAUAGUGGGGGUGUACAAGAACGCACUGCAGCAGUGUGAGAUCAACUCCACCACCCGCGAGGCAGCUGCAGGAGCGCUGCAGAACAUCACAGCUGGAGACAAGAGGUGGGCUUCAGUGCUUAGCCAGGUGUCUCUGGAGCAGGAACGCAUACUGCCAGUGUUGUUGGACCUCCUGCGUACCAACAAAGAUGUGGAGCUGCGUUCUCUUACAGGCCUCCUCCGAAAUCUGUCCCGCCAUGCCAGAGAUAAGAAUGACAUGGCCACGAAGGUGGUGAACAUCCUGGUGACCAAGCUGCCUGCCGACGGACAUCAGAAGGAUCCCACCAGCGAUGUGGUGGUCAACAUCUGUGGUAUUCUCAAUAACCUGGUGACCAGCAGCUCAUUAGCUGCCAGAGACAUCACCUUCUUUGAUGGCAUUCCGAAACUGAUCGGCAUCAAGACCUCACAUGACAACAGCUCUGGGAAGCUUAAAGCAGCCAAAGCAGCAGCCACAGUUCUCAGCAACAUGUUCCAGUACAAGAAACUGCACAGCUCAUACAAAACGAAAGGGUAUACAAGACCGGAUUUCUUAGAUAUUUCAAUCUGAAGUAAACGUAAUGUAAAACCACUGUUCGGCAACAGUUAGCAGUUCUGCACUCUACCAGCCCCCUUUGGAAGAUGUGUGGGAGUAAAUAGACUUUUUAUACUAUUCAAAGAUAACAUAGGUUCAGUUUUUGUCUGCCAUACUUUGUGAUGAGAACAUGAACACCCGAUGUAGGAUCUACCCGAUGGAAAAGGAGUCCAGUGUAUUUUUAAAACUCGAUGGACAGUCUGUACAGUUCAAGGAAUGUGGAUCCUGUUCGGUGGACUAUGGAUGGACAAAUGUGUGCACCUUAACCCGUUUACUCUCUUUGUUGAACACUGUAUGUUUUAAUGUGAAAUCAGGGAUUUAUUUUCUUUCAAAGCAACAUGUUUUCAGAUUAAACUGCGGCUGUUUCUGUUUCUGCGGUUUUUAAUUGGUUGAAAAAGCUGUUGAUGGACAAUAGGUGGACCCUUGUGCCUUAUCUCACUGUUGCACCUCAAUUUCAGCAUUAAUGCAAACAAAUGUGGUACUAACAUGGCAUUUUUGUAAAUAUUGCUUUCGCUUUUACGUAGAAAUCAAAUGUUUUUUUUAUACCGUAACAAUUUACUUUGUUUUUGUAGUUUUUGGAUUGAUAUGGAGUCAAAAUUAUAACAUUUUAGUUCAAAUUGUAUGUAAGCCACAGGAUAUAUAUUUAUAUCUUGCACAAUACACAAAUACCAAUCGCUGAAAUUAGGAUGUUAAUAAAUUUGAUUGAGAAAUCUUGGGAUGAUUGAGCUUCCAAAGUUGACUUUUGUUUUCAGUUAUAUGCUUUGUAAGCUUGCGAAAUCUCAGUCUUGUCCUUAUAAAUGCUGAUGUGUUUGUUACUUUGUCAAACACACAAUGGCGGGAGUCAUAGAGAUAAAUCUUACAGCUCUGUGGUAUAAAUGGUGACCUUGUGUUUCUGUGACUUGUUUCAAUAUUUGCUUUUGUGUUGUAUGCAGGCAGAUGUAUCAUCUGGAUAUUUUUCAGCUAAUAAAGAAACAGAUUUGG